UUCCGCUUCAGGUGCGUACCAAUGGUUUAUUCCUGAUUCCCGACGUUGCAUCCUAGUUGUCUGCAGUCAGAUUCCGUCUUUAGGUCUUGAUCCAAAGGACCUAAAUACCCCCGCCCCCCUGACGUCACUUGGAUGACCGGUUGGAUUGUCUUCCAACAAUUUGCAAAUCGUUCACCAACCUCGCACAAGAACCUUGGAUCAUUAGUAGGGCCUGGAAGCUGGAGGCUGGAGGCCGGGCAUUGGGCCUACUGCCUAGUGCCCUAAGAAAUUUUUAUGUACCAGUGGUAAUCCCGUUAACCUCAGCCCCUAAACAAUGCCAAUAUUCAGUUAUGGAUUAGUUUGAAAGCUUAACUAAUUAACACGCGAUCCACUGGGGGAACUAUCGCUUCCGAGGUUCUGAAUUUCCACACCACACCACACCGAACAUUUUCUUGCAGCGGCGUCACUGGCUCAUUGAUCUUAAGAGUUACAGUGAACGAAGGACCCUAUCGCCAAGCUCCUCCUACGCGAAACAGUCGCACAAUAUGGCUCCCAUAUGGCUCGCGGCUGCCUGACUCCCUUUGAAAUGCAGACUACUCUUCUGGGGAGCUUUUCUACGUACUUUUCUUCAUUAUUCUGCUUUGAGUGCGUCUCCACUGUGCCUCAGGAGGCUAGAACACCACUGAAACCCGCGAUUUCUCGGCGCGAAGCGGGCCAACACAAUCUAUAGCUAGAAAGGAACUAAUUGUUAUGGUAUCUAUUAUCAAUCGGAUUUAUUAUUUGGGCGAACGGCCCUGUGAGAAGAUGACGGAGUCUCUCGAGGUGGAUCCUCGAUAUUGACGGUUUCUCAUUCCUCCGCUUUUUGAUGCCGGCAAACACUUGGACUGAGAAAGCCAUAGGCUUGAUUAGAUCAAGAUGACUGACACACUUGCAUGGGUCAAUAAGUUACUGAACAUGAACAGGGCUGAACCGCCACGCUCUGCCAGUUUCUCCCGUUGUGUGGACUGCAAAUUCUGGGGCCAAUCGUUGCAGCUGGACCUGCUCCACCGCCGCGGGAUAGGCUGACCAGGAUCAACGGUGUUCUGCUCUUUUGUAAUUUUAUUUAUUUUAUUUUUUAUUAUUUCUCCCAUGCUUUUUAUUGCCUGUUCAAUUCCCUCAAUCACCCCAAAAUACAUUUCGUAUAUACUUCCACCGACAAGAUAUAUCACUCUCUGGGUUCGCAUAUAUCUAUAUAUAUUUGUUUGUUUGACAGCUCUGCUGCGGCACUUAUUCUGCAUUCUUCUUCCUGACAGCUCUGUCGUGCGGGGAGAACACUUUGCCUUCUGCAAAUCCCCCGCACCCCGAUAUUCCUCACGUAUCUUACCUUCCAAUGAGGCUCCCACGGUUGAAUUUUAUACGGCUCCACUGUAGAGAUAUAUCCCCUUUCCUACUCAUCACGACCAUGGGGACAAAACGGGCAUCUUCUUACAGUUUGUAUUUUGCUACGUCUAGAUGCCUAUAUCUUGCUCCUGAAUGUGCUGGCCGUGAUUAUCAUAUAUCCGGCCAAGAACUUGUCUGGCAUUGAUGCGUUUUUCACAAGCUGCAGUGCGGCGACGACGACGGGGUUAAAUACCGUUGAUGUCAAUACAAUGCAUACAUUCCAACAGGUGGUGAUAUAUAUGGUCCCCAUGAUUGGCAAUUUAAGCGUCAUAAACCUAGUGGUGGUGCUCGUGCGACUGUACUGGUUUGAAACUCGAUUCAAAGACAUUGUCCGAUUGUCACGGCAGCGUUCGAUUGACCGACCUCGUUCCAGUAGAUUGCAUUCAUCAGAGUCCAGAGGAAGAGAUAGUAUCACAUUGCGAGACAGAAUAAGAGAUAUCAGAGUGCUUCGCCCUGAGCCGAGAAUAGGCAGUAGAAGCAGGACUGCUGCCUCUGAGGCGGAGGGAUUGAGGCUGCGGGCUAGGAUUCUCAGCAAUAUGCCCAGCAACAAUUCCAACAGCGACAAAGACAAAGACAACGAAAACGAAAACGACAAUCGAAAUGAAGCUGUUCCUAAUGUGAACGAGAACGCGAAAAUAAGUACUGUUGAAAAUGAUGGUACAACCAUUUUCCCCUCGACUCCAGAUCUUUCUGCUUCUCCAGAUCCACAGCCUUUGAUGCUUGAUCAAAUUAGUUCUUCGCCCGACAAGAACAAUACAGAACGGAGUGCGCCCUCCGCGCAUAUUAGCUUCUCUGCUGAGACAAACAUGGAGCCCCGUGGACGGGCACUGCGAAUCCCAGGCCCAAGAGAGUUUGAAAGCGGACAAACUGUUCGCGAGGUUGACGAUGACGACCUUAUGAAAAGUAUAACCAUCGAAGAAUCUCUAUCGGCAGGGCCCUCAGGGGAAACCGAACGUCGACGGCUGCCCACCAUGGGUAGGCUGCUUUCCCAUGCGGCCUCAGUCGAAAGAGCUGCUUCAAAUGCAUUUAUUCUCGGCAAUAGCUCGCGGAAACGUUCUCGGUCGAGAUCUUCAAACCCACUAAAUCGAUCGUCCUCGAAGUCUGAACGGGCCCUCUUAGACAUGCCAUAUCUGUCGUACCAACCGACGAUCGGGCGUAACUCGAAAUUCUUGGACUUGACUGAUGAACAGAGGGAUGAGCUGGGAGGGAUUGAGUAUCGUAGUUUGAAGCUUUUAGCAAAGAUUGUGUUCUGUUACUACGUGUUUUGGCAUAUAUUCGGCGUUAUUUGUCUUAUUGGCUGGAUUCACAAUUCGGACCGGAAGUACAGUGACUAUGUUCGAUCUGUAGGCCAGAACCCAACUUGGUGGGCGAUUUUCUCCAGCAUGACCGCUUACAACAAUCUUGGAUUCACCCUUACGCCCGACUCCAUGAUUAGUUUCCGCAACGCAACCUUCCCCAUCUUCAUCAUGACAUUCCUAAUUUACAUUGGCAACACAGGCUACCCUUGCAUGUUACGCCUCAUUAUCUGGAUCAUGUUCAAGAUAUCACCUCGAGAUUCUGCAAUCCGAGAGCCACUGAAUUUCCUGCUCGAUCAUCCUCGUCGAUGUUACACGCUGCUUUUUCCCUCUAGCCCUACUUGGAUGUUAUUCUUCAGCUUGGUAUUUCUGAACUUUAUCGACGUCCUGCUGUUCCUCGUCCUAGAUCUGCAAAAUGAGGAAGUUCUGGCCGUUCCGUCUUCAUGGAAUCGUUUCUUGGCUGCGCUUUUUCAGGCAGCGUCGGCGCGUACGACGGGGACAAGUACUUUCAAUGUCGCUAAGGUGCAUCCGGCUGUACAGUUCAUGCUCAUGGUGAUGAUGUACAUCUCCGUUUUCCCAAUCGCUAUUAGCGUACGAAAAACGAAUACAUAUGAAGAGAACUCCCUGGGUCUCUACGAUCCACAAAGUGACGAAAUCGACGAGUCAAAUAGCACUGCCUCCUAUGUGGGUGCACAUAUGAAAAAGCAACUCGCAUUCGACUUGUGGUAUGUCUUCUUCGGAAUGUUCAUUCUCAUGAUCACCGAAGGGUCGAAGCUAGCCGAUAAAUCGGAUCCGGAAUUCGCAAUCUUCUCUGUGUUUUUUGAAGCUGUCUCAGCAUACGGAAACCGUGUUAGGAAAAUUAGUCAUCUGCGCCUUGAUGCUUCGUGGUCGACACCGCGGAUUGCCAUAUGAACUUGAUCGAGCGAUCAUCCUCCCGAGCGAACGGAAUCUUACGGAUUCAAGUUCCACCAAGGAUGGCGGCGCAAUUACAACUGCGCUACCCUCAGCAAAUACAACUAUCGGCCCCUUGUCGCGCGUUCGAACUGCGGAAAUCGUAUAACACAAGGGAUGUUGUAUGGGUACUAUAGAUACAUAGAUUAUUAUUACAUUGCAUAGACAGCCACAUGAAUAGUGCAUAAGCUCGCAAGAGACCUUUUUUUGCUUUUGGAUAGACGUAAAAGUGGCGAGACGUGAUGUAUGUACUAAGCGGUUCCCUUCUUCCUGGUGGUGAUUUUGGGUGGCGGGAGAGUUUCCUCGAGUGUUGAAUCACUGCUGAAUUAAGGCAUUCCACUAUAGGAGCCCGUAUGCCUCGAGAUGCCAGGUGUCUAUUUUCGCCCAUUAUAUUACGGGCCUGGUAUCCUACCUUUAAAUAGGAGGUGAAAUACGUUCUAUCAAUCCCUUGGUACUUCACGUAUAAAAUCGCCCAACUAUUGGCUAAGUUUGUUCAACCAAUAUUAUUUUUAUUUCUACACUGUAUUCUACUAUUAGUACAACUAUUUUUAUUUCAAUUUAAGUAAGUAUUACUCAUUUUUAUAAAUGAUUUAAGUGAAGUCGUCAAUAAAAAAAAUAACAAAGCAAACUAUAUA